AUGACGGCGGAGGAGCUGAAACAGCGGUGCAGGCUCCGAGACUCCUUCGUCGAGCUCUGCAUCGAGGAGGCGAAGCUGGUCGAGCGCCAGCAGAGUCCUGGAGCACCGGCGCCGCCCCUGACGAGCGCCGGGACGGGCGCGGAGCCCAUCCUGGAGGACGUGACCGCGCGGCUCAGGCAGAUGCAGAUGUCCCUGCCUGUGCAGGAGAUCAUCUCUUGGAGGAUGCUGGCGCGCCAGCGGAGGUACGACCGCGAGAACCCAGACGACGAGGGUGACGAGGACGAGGAGGAGAGAAAGGCGCUCGAAGAGUUGGAAAAGAGGGAGAAGAUACCCAGCACCAUGCAGGCGCGUGUGCACUUCAGGGGCUUCCAGGCCUACUUCCUCAUAGUCGUCGGCGACAACUGGCAGAAUGCGAUGGCCAAGCGACUCGAGGAGAAAGCAGCCAAAAAUCCGGGUGCUGCGGGGGGAAGGAGGAAGAGCCCUAUGGUGUCGGCGCUGCUAAAGCAGCUGACUUCGCGCCAGCUCGUGAUCAAGGGCGAGGUGCUGGACGUCAACGUCGAGGCCGUGCAGAAGGGCCGCGCCCGCCACCGUGUGGGCAGGUGGGCGGAGCUGCGCGUCGGCAGCGUCAGCGUGACCAACUGCAACGUCAAGGAUCCGAAUCACGCCACGCGGCACAUUUUAAGCAUCAGCCCCUUCGAGAAGAACAAGGGCGGCGCCCCCAUUUGCGUCUUCGUGGGGGCCACGAUGCUCGACCAGCAGGACGACGACUACGAGAGCAACGUCGUGCCCAUCGUCUCCGUCCUGGAGCCCUGGGGCGGCGCCGCCAGCCACCUCCGCGAGGUCAGCGGAGCGGAGGAGGAGGAGACCCUGGAGAGGCUCGGCUUCCUGAGGGACACUUGCGUCAAGGAGGGGCCCGAAUCAAGGAUCUGCGUGAAGGAGGGCAAGGUUCUGACAUGUGUCUUCGGCAGGUGCGGGCAGGUGCGCGCGCUGGACUACACCCCCUUCCGGCGGCGCAUGAUGAAGUUCCUGACGCGCGGCAUGGGCGCCGGCACCACGGACCUCGUGCGGAGGCCCUCCCCGCUCGCGCUGGACCGGGAGCUGCUGGUGAAGCUGCAGCGGAGGGUGCAGCUCCUCGUUGGCAAGAGCAUGUCUAUGGGGAUCGUGGAGGGCGUCGUGGACGGCGUCAAGGCGCGCAUGGUGGACCACUACAACUCCCAGCACGUGCUCUGCAAGGAGGUGUCGCUGGCGCCCCUCCGGUGCAAGGCGCUGCACAACGGGAACCCGCAGACCUUCCACAUGCAGCUCCACCAGCUGCUCAAGUCGGGGGACGGCGAGGCGCCGGCCUCGCUGGGCUCGCUCGGCAGCAGGUUCGGGCUGCUGCCCUGGAAGGUGGCCAUGCUGCUCCUGCCCAAGGCGGACUUUGUGAUGGGCGUGGAGGUGGCCGACCAAGGGUUCAGGAGAAGCUUGCUGCCCGAUCCCGACCAGAAGGGCCCCCUCGGCCGCCCGGUCAGCCAGUCCACCUCAGACUCGCAGGCGGUAAACAUUUCCAGUGGCGACCCGGUCCAGGCGGUCAACGUGGGGGCCAUGUUCACCAAGUGGUGCAAGAACGGGAAGUUCCAGAAGCGUUUCGUCGUCUUCGUCGAGGAGUACGACGUCAUUAUCUGGAAGAAGAGCGCUUCAGACUCCAAGAUCACUGGGGUGUUGCCACUGGCCUCCGUGCAGGACAUAUGCAUAGGCCCAACGCUGCAGACGCCCGUGCUGCAGAAGGCCAGGGCUCAUCCAAAGAUGAGGCCCGACCGGCUGCUCUCCGUGAUCGCCAACGACCGCACGUUGGACCUACAGGCGGACACGGCUGAGAUACAGCAGCGCUGGCUCCAAGGCCUCAAAGAGAGGUUCAAGAUGCACGUGCAGAACCACAUCCAGAUCGAGGAAGACGCCAUCACCGCGCUGCCGAAGCACCUGGUGAAGAAGCAGAAGAAGUAUCCGGAGAAGUUCAGGAGCGACCGCUGUGCCCUCAGGAGCUCCUACAGAAUGGUCCAGGCCAAUGCCGCCCUGGGCAGACUGCUGACCCGCGGCAGCGAGGCAGGGUCCUCCCUGCCGGGAGACCCUGACGAGCAGGACGCUGGCCCUCCUGGAAAGGAGCCCGGAUCGGCCUCCGGACGGCCCGUCACCGCUGAGGCCAGCUUCACCGAGUCGCUGUGA